AGUGUCUUUAACUUUAAUCGAAAUGCCUCGAGCGUGAAAGUCAUCAGGCUGUCACGGAUCUGCGCGUGGCCAUGACCGGCAUGAUAAAGAACAGGACGGUUUUUGGGCGAGGAAAACGGCUAAUGGGCGAAAGAUGAGGAGAAAAACAAUAGCAAAGCGCAUCCUGUACAGUGGAUACGAGGCAUACGAAGAGACACCCGAAGAAACCGGCGCGAGGGCGAACCACGUCCUCAGUCAAGAGCCCGCGAAGAGGAGAAAAUGGAGAGAACCAAAUGGAGAGGACAUCUCAUCUUGCAAUGCUGACUAUGUUAAGUUCAAAACAAAGGCUUUUGAGGUUGACAAGCCCCUUGGAGAUGCAACAAGGGAUGCACAUUUUACUAUGGAGGUGCUCGGAAGCCUCCAAUCACGUUCAAGGGCGGAGCUUGUCGCCAUGGUGGUGAGUAUGCAGAGGGAGAUGGACGGCCUCCGAGAACAAAUCAGAAGCCUUACAGCUUGUGGGAAGUUGGCUCAGACACUUGAAGAGCUGAUUGAGAAGAGUGAUAGAUGGCUGUGCGGCAGCCAUGAAGCUGCAACUCCCAGCAUUCCAAGGGAGCUUGAGAGAAGCAGGCCACCCAGUCACAUUUCUCCUCCAAGGGUGCUUAGUGGAAGAGCAGCUGAAUGUGCAAGUUCAGAGCAGCAGGGGUGUGGUCAGUAUGAGGUCACACAAACAAUGCCUCAAAGGAAUGGAACGCUUCCCGAACAAAAAGUUAUCACUGCUGAUCUCCUGGAGCGCUGCAACACAGGGACCACCGCUCGACAUCAGAACGAAAUGGGAGAAGCCACCCAGAAAGCGUUGACCCCUGACCUUGUCCUGCCCAGGCUCUGGAGCCACGGGGAGAAAAGCUCAAGGACAGGGAGAGAGGAGACCGAGCCCUCCGGGCCUGUUCUGGACUCCACUGUCAGCUCCAGUGAACAGCUGUUGCCCAGGUAA